GCCCUGGCGGCGCAGGCGCACUGGGUUGGCCGCGCCGAACAGCGGCCAUGGAGCAAGUACCUCCGGACCCCGAGCGGCAGUUACAGCCGGCGCCCCUAGAGCCGCUGGGUCACCCCGACGCUAGGCUGGAGGCCGCGGUCGGCGGGGAAGCAGGGGCGGCCCGAGACGAGGGUCCCGGAGACGGCACGAUGACAGAAAAUAAUUUUUCAUUGAAGAAGAUAGAAAUUAGUGUUUCAGAAGCAGAAAAACGUACUGGAAGAAAUGCCAUGAACAUGCAAGAAACAUAUACUGCUUACCUCAUUGAAACAAGAUCAGUUGAACACAUUGAUGGUCAGAGUCUCCUAACAGACUCACUGUGGAGGCGGUAUAGUGAAUUUGAGUUGUUGAGAAACUACCUUUUAGUUUACUAUCCACAUAUUGUUGUGCCACCCCUCCCAGAAAAAAGGGCAGAAUUUGUUUGGCAUAAACUCUCUGCUGACAACAUGGACCCGGAUUUUGUGGAAAGACGAAGGAUUGGUUUAGAAAACUUUCUCUUGAGAGUUGCUUCACAUCCCAUUCUUUGUAGAGACAAAAUCUUCUGUUUGUUUUUAACACAGGAGGGUAACUGGAAGGAGACUGUGAAUGAAACUGGGUUUCAGCUGAAGGCAGACUCCAGGUUAAAAGCGCUUAAUGCAACAUUCAGAGUGAAAAACCCAGACAAGAGAUUUACUGAGCUAAAACACUACAGUGAUGAACUACAGUCUGUCAUCUCACAUCUUCUUCGAGUCAGAGCUAGAGUAGCAGAUCGACUCUAUGGUGUAUAUAAAGUACAUGGGAAUUAUGGACGAGUUUUCAGUGAAUGGAGUGCCAUAGAAAAAGAAAUGGGUGAUGGCCUGCAGAGUGCUGGUCAUCAUAUGGAUGUGUAUGCAUCUUCUAUUGAUGAUAUUUUGGAAGAUGAAGAACACUAUGCAGAUCAGCUAAAGGAAUAUCUCUUUUAUGCAGAAGCACUGCGGGCUGUGUGCAGAAAACAUGAACUUAUGCAGUAUGACUUGGAGAUGGCUGCUCAGGACUUAGCAUCCAAAAAGCAGCAAUGUGAGGAACUGGCAACUGGGGUGAGAGUUUUUCCAAUUAGAGAAUUUGUGAAAAAUGCUUGGGCUGAUAUUGAACGCUUCAAAGAACAAAAGAACCGUGAUUUAAAGGAAGCCCUUAUAAGCUAUGCAGUCAUGCAGAUCAGUAUGUGCAAAAAGGGGAUUCAAGUUUGGACCAAUGCUAAGGAAUGCUUUAGCAAGAUGUAAUCCUGUAAAAUGGAUUUUUCUUCAGUUGAAGUGCCCCAAAACUGAAGCACAAGUAAAUUUAAAAAAUUUUAUUUGCUACCCAGUAUAUACAAAAAUAUAUAAUAAGUUGAUUAAAUUCAACUUUCUUUAAUUUGAUUGUAGUUGUGUUGAUACAGCACAAAAAGGAUGUAUUUUAAUGAAGAUUAAAUAAUAUAAUUUAAGGUUUUGGGGACUGGUGCUGAUUCCAAAAAGUUAAUUUGAUAAUAUAUACCAUAGAUUGUUUGUUAGACUUCUGAACCAAUGACUGAAUGUCCGGAUGUUAGAUAUUUUCUGGAUGUUUGUUUGAAUGCCAGCUUCUUCAGAUCUGUUUAUGUAAGGAGUUUUUUUCCUAAGAUGAAAUUCCUAUUUUACUUGGGAAGACCCACUAAUCUGUUACAGGGGGUUAUUUUUUUCUUGCCUUAUAGUUGAGCUGUUUGGUUUGACAAAGCUCAGCAGAAACUUAGUGUGAAAUCUAAGACUUCUCUCCUGCAUUCAUUGAUGCCCCCUAUAACAUUUGCAAACACUAGAAAAUGCCUUCAAUUUGUGUUUUACCAGAGUUUUGAUACUGGUGAGAAAUUUUAUACUGCCAACAAAGAAGACUCAACUUCUCAGAUAAAUACAUUGUAAUGAUCUAGGAGUUGCUGUAUAGAAAGUUUUGAUUGAGUAUGGUACAUAUAAGCAUUAAGUUCUUCUCAAAUAAUUCGUAACUUCAGUGAUUGAGCCUAAGUUUACUCUGUCAGCUCUCUAUAUAUGGCGUUUCAGGGUACAAGUUGUAGCAUUUCAAUGUAUGAUAUAUAUGUAAUGAACAUACCUGUUAGUAUCUUGAUUAUUAAUGUCUUUUCUAUUGCUUGGCUGUAAUUUUUGUAAAGAUAAAUUAUAUUGGUUUUUUUUGUGUGUUUUUUGUGGUAUAUGUUCAGAAGCAAAGCACCCUCAUUUUGCUAGCUUUGCAGAAUCUUCAAUGUGUACUCAUUAUUACUAAUUAUGUAAAAAAAAUCCACAGUACUGUUCAGCAUUUGACUUUUUACAUGUUUAAAACAUUGUUGGAUUUUUGUGCUGUUUGCCAAACUUGAUACAAUAAAUAAAUGAAGUAUUGUGCUGAUUUUCA